CGGCGUACGCAGACGCCGCGGAUGUCGGCUGUCGACGACCCAUUUGUAUAGUUUCGAUAUCAGUCGACUACUUCUCACACCCAGUCAAGGUUCGCCGACAGCUCGUCUCAUGCCUUUGGGUGUUCACUGCUCUCGGUUGUGAACAUAUAUCUUUUACAAGUGACAAAAACGUCGCCACUCGGAAGAGUAAAGCAGUGAUGACUAAUAGGCGAAGAUCGAAGAAUAAAGGCCGGAAGAAUAUUGGCAGCCGCGGUGAUCAGCCGUCGAGUUCGCUUGACGUCUCAGCGCUUGAGGAAAGCCUUCCGAACACACCAGAGUCUUCGACGGCACUUGCGAAUCACGGAAACGUGCAACCGCAGGCGGGGACCAGUGGUGACGCUGCACCCGCAAGUUAUGGCGAGCGCAAAGAGCAGCUGGCGGGAAGGAGGUUUAGGCCACAAGGAAUGCCAGAAGCAGUUUCACAUCCGCAUUCACGCAAUGAUAAUAAAGAACCGGUCCCCUCAACGAGUCCUCAGACUCCCCACGUAGACAAGCAACCGGGCCCUGGUGCAGAGACUUCGACAACAAGCGUCUGCAGUAAGGCUCUUGUACCUUCGACCGCGUCGUCGGAGGUACAACUACCUCCGCGUCCCAACUAUGGCACCGAUGGACGUUGCAUCCUACUUGUGUCGAACUACUUCAACAUGACACUGCCCGACGGGCAGCUUUAUCACUACGACGUGGAGAUCAGCAAGAUUGGAGUGGAACGCCAAAAAGAUCCCAGGAAGCUGGGCAUUAAAUCCAAGUAUCGGUGUCUCAACACCAAGGUGAAUCGCGCCAUUGUAGCACGUUUAGUCAAGCCUCGUGGUGGAAUUUUUGACGGAGCAAUUCCAGCUUUUGACGGUCGCAAGAGUAUGUAUUUCCGUACCAAACUUCCACAAGACAGCUAUGAAGUGACUGUCCCCUUUGAAGAAGAUGGUACAUCCAAGGAUUACAGCGUUGCCAUCCAGUUUGUAAGCAUUCUGUCAAUGAGUGCCAUCAACAAAGUCUACGAAGGUGGCAGUCGGGAAGGUGCACUUGCGGUCUUGCAGGCUAUACACUGUAUUCUCAAGCAUAGUCCAGCCAUGACAUACACUCCAGUCGGCAGGUCGUUUUUCAAGAAGCCAGAAAUGAGGAUGGUACCGGAACUGGGAGGAGGUAAAGAGGUCUGGUUUGGCUUCACUCCGACCGUGCACCUGUGUCAAUGGAAACCCAUGCUGAACCUCAACGUUACGGCAACAACCUUCUACAAGGCUGGCCCGCUAAUCGACUUUAUUGGCCAGGUACUUAAUGACAAAGACUAUGUGAACAAGCUGGAAGGAGAAGCCCUGGAUAUUCAGAAAAUCAAAAAGCUGAAUAGGAUACUUCCCAACAUGAAGGUUAGGGUCACCCAUCUAUCGUUCAAGCCCAAGCCCAAGGUCCUUGCGGUCACGACUUCCCCGGCGUCUAAAAUCGAGUUUAAGGACGAAGAGGGACGACGGACAACAGUCGCCGCAUAUUUCAAGAAGAAGUACAGGCCCCUCAGGUACCCCAACCUUCCCUGCAUCCAGUGCGGGACAGAUGAGAAGCCCAAGUACUUCCCAGUCGAAGUCUGCGAAAUCCCAGAGAAUUUCCACUCCAAGACCAAACUCUCGAGGCAGGAGGCUCCUCAGAUGAUUAAGAUGACUGCCAUCCCACCAGCAGAGAGAUUCCAGAAGAUUGACAGGGACAUACAAGCAUUGACGGCGAACAAAAGCUCGGUGGCUUCUAGCUUCGGGAUAAACAUUGAUGUGAAGCCAUUGGAACUGGAGGGCAGAGUCCUGGAUCCUCCGCAGAUAGUCUUUCAGAGGAAUAUGAUAUGGCCGAAAGAUGGUCAGUGGGACAUGCGUUCCUCGAGGUUCCUGCAUCCCGCCAGUGUGGACAAAUGGGCAGUGCUCAGCUUCUCCUGUCAGCUGAUGGUGGACCUCCUGGACAGGUUUCUCCGGAAAUUCCAGGAUGUGGCAACCAAGCUGGGAAUGAAGGUUGAGAGACGAGGUGAAGUGUACAUAUUUAAGGAAGAGGACGUGCUGGGGACUGUCCUGAAGAGGAUGGCUGCCAGCUUCAAAUUUCUCCUGAUCAUCCUCAAUCCGGAGAUCGACAACCACAAUGCCAUAAAGCUGAUCUGCGAGAGGGACCUUGGCCUGGCAACCCAGUGCUGCAUGGAGAAAAAUGUCUACAACGUCGUCGAUAAAAUGUUGCACCAGCCACUGCCCGCGCUCUUGGUCAACCUGUGCCACAAGGUGAAUGCCAAAUGUGGGGGCGAUGCUAACACCAUCAGCAAGCGACCGGCCAUUUUCGAGGAACCUGUGAUAAUCCUUGGCGCAGACGUGAACCACCCUGCACCAAACCGCUCCAACCACCCCUCAUAUGCGGCUCUGGUAGGAAGCCUGGACAGCUGCCCCUCGAAGUACCACGCCAGUGUGCGCAUCCAGAGAACCUCCGCAAACAGCAACGAACGCGAGAUCAUCAAGGACCUGAAAGGAAUGGUUAAGGAAGCCCUGCGAGCUUUUUACAAAAAGACUCGGCAGAAGCCACGGAAGAUCAUCUUCUACAGGGAUGGCGUCAGCGAGGGCCAGUUUGCGGAGGUGCUCAACCACGAACUGCCGGCCCUGCGGCAGGCCUGCAAGGAGCUGGAGGAUGGCUACACGCCGGCCAUCGUGUUCAUCCUCGUUCAGAAGCGCCACAGCACAAGGUUCAUGCCCAAACACCAGCAGGACGGCGUUGGACGCUUCAACAACGUCCCUCCAGGGACGACGGUCGAUCGCAUAGUCACGCACCCGAAGGACUUCGACUUCUUCCUGUGCAGCCACGCCGGCAUCCAAGGCACGAGCCGCCCCACGCACUACUAUGUGCUGCACGACGACGUGGGCUUUCAGGCGGACGAGUUGCAGAGCCUGACCUUCUACUUGUGCCACACGUACGCCAGGUGCCCGAGGAGCGUCUCUAUCCCGGCGCCGGCCUACUACGCCCACUGGGUGGCGUUCAGGGCCAACCAGCAUGCCGUGUCUGCCCUCGGGGACGGACAGUCAUCAGACGGCGUGCAGGAGAUGAGCGAUGCUGACAUCCAGAAAUGUGUGGAUGCUGUCAGCGUCAAGGAGAGUCUGCGCAACAGCAUGUACUUUGUGUAGAGGAAGACUCACUUCUAUUUUUUAUUUUCCCCCAGAGUAUCAUUCACUAGGUAUUUUUAUGCUUCAAUUCUUUUUUGGCUGACGUAGUGCUUUGUUGAUUCCAUUGCACGUUUUCCAGGCCUUAAUUCUUCAAGGUCUUGUUUUAUUUUAUACUUAUAUUUGUUAUAACGUUUAGCUAGAUCUUAUCUAUAGAAGGUUUGUGCUUCAGUUUAUUUAUGAUAUACCUUCUAGGCCUAUACUGCACCAUUCUUUUUUUUAAGUGUGUGUGUGUGUAUAUAUAAUAUACACACACACAUGUAGACGAGACAUUCAUAUUCUAUUCCUUCCUUUUUGCCGCAACUUGCACUGUGUGUACUAUUUAUUUUUACCCAAUAAAGGUGAAGGGGAAAGUA